AUGUCUGCACAAACGUCCAUCCAUACCAUGAGCCAUGACGAAGAUGAGUGGAAAAAGAGUCUGCAGCUUCCAACUCGGGAUAAUCGACCACAGACUGAGGAUGUUACCAAAACCAAAGGCAACGAGUUUGAAGACUAUUUCCUCAAGCGUGAAUUGUUAAUGGGCAUCUUUGAGGCUGGUUUUGAGCGUCCAUCACCGAUUCAAGAAGAGUCGAUUCCAAUCGCAUUGACGGGUCGUGAUAUUCUUGCCAGAGCAAAGAACGGCACAGGCAAAACAGCCGCCUUCGUCAUUCCCACACUUGAAAAAGUCAACACCAAGAAAUCCCAGAUUCAAGCACUGAUAUUGGUUCCUACACGUGAAUUGGCGCUACAGACAUCGCAAGUGUGCAAAAAGUUGGGAAAACAUUUGGGUGUCCAUGUGAUGGUGACGACUGGUGGUACAACCCUCAAGGAUGAUAUUAUGCGAUUGAGUGAGCCUGUGCACAUUGUCGUUGGCACGCCCGGCCGUAUAUUGGACUUGGCAUCAAAGAACGUCGCCGAUUUCAGUGAAGCAUCAACAUUUGUCAUGGAUGAAGCCGACAAGCUCCUUUCACCCGAAUUCACACCCGUCAUUGAACGUCUUCUCGCUUAUUUCCCAAAGGAACGCCAAAUCAUGCUCUUCAGUGCCACGUUCCCAAUGGUCGUCAAAUCCUUCAAAGAAAAGUACCUUGUCAAGCCAUAUGAAAUCAACCUCAUGGAAGACCUCACGCUCAAAGGUGUCACCCAAUUCUACGCCUACGUUGAAGAAAAACAAAAAGUCCACUGUCUCAACACACUCUUCUCCAAGCUGCAAAUCAACCAAUCCAUCAUCUUUUGUAACUCGACCAGCCGUGUUGAAUUGCUGGCCAAGAAAAUCACGGAGCUGGGCUAUUCCUGCUUUUAUUCACACGCCAGAAUGCUCCAAAGCCAUCGUAACCGUGUCUUCCAUGAUUUCCGUAAUGGUGUUUGCCGCAACCUUGUGUGCUCAGAUUUGCUGACACGUGGUAUCGAUAUCCAGGCUGUCAAUGUUGUCAUCAACUUUGAUUUCCCCAAGAAUGCUGAAACCUACUUGCAUCGUAUUGGUCGUUCGGGUCGUUAUGGUCACCUUGGUCUCGCUAUCAACUUGAUCACCUACGAAGAUCGCUUCAACCUUUACAAGAUUGAACGUGAGCUCGGCACUGAAAUCACACCUAUCCCAGCUCAAAUCGACAAGAGCUUGUAUGUUGCUCCUAAUGCACUUGAAGAGAACAUGGUACAACAACCACAACCAAAGCGAAUGGAUCAGGAUGGUAUUCAGGAACAACAACAACAACAACAACAUGAGAACAAUCAUCACCAUCACUUUCAACAACACGGUGGACGAGGAGGUUGGGGUAAUCGAGGCAGAGGAGGUUAUUGGGCUCAUCGAGGCAGAGGUUCUUGGUCCAACCGAGGCAGAGGAGGAGGAGGAGGAGGUGCCAACAACAACCAUAGGGUGAGACGUGUACCAAAGCCGCUUGUAUAA